AUGGACAGUACUAUACUAGCAGCCAUUGGAGUGGUGGUACUAAUUCAUUUCAUAUUCACUCAUUACAUUGAUGUCACUAAGGAUGUAAAUGAAUUAUAUUUGAAUGAACAGUCGACUAUUGAAACCACAGCUUUGGAAAAUCAAAGUCCAAUCUAUAAAUCUUGUAAAUUAGACUAUAACGGUCUUAGAGUUGGCUUAGAUAUAAGAUACGAUCAUUAUAAGUUAAGGAAUGGGAAUUUUUGUGAUAUUUGGGAGAUAGCUAUGAAAGCUUGGAACAAAGAUAACAACAAGAGUCUCAAAUUGAAUGGUGAAAAGGUCAAUUAUGGGGUUUUGAACUAUAAUAUUCAUGAAGUCAUUAAAUACUUAAACGAGAAUGAGAUUAAAUCCGUUGGGAUUAAAAUUAAUGGAUUCCUUAAAUCAGUUGAAAACUUAACUGUAGUGUUAGCAUGUCUUGUUAAUGCUACACUUAUCAAUUUCUAUGACGUAGAUGCCGAUGUUGAUGUUUUGGCUGAAGAUAUUCCUGUCAGUUUGAAGACUCUGGUUUUGGAAGCAUUUACAAAUGAGUAUGAUUUUGAGAAAGAUAAAGGGAUUAGAUUGAGGAUAAGUGAAAGUGGCAGUAAGAUCAUAAGUCAUACGGAUUAUGUAGCUAUCAAUUUCAUUUCAUCAGUUGCAGCAGCCAUUAAGCACUUACCUUUGACAGAAAAAUUUACUUCCAAAGAUAAGUUUUUAAUUGUUAAUAAUAUGACUGUAACCAAUGUAUUGAGUAAGGUUUUAGUGGGAUUGGUCACUAAUGCUGAUAUAACUAUAGUUCAAGACAAGUCAUUAAAGGACUUGUUGACUUAUCAAUCUUCAGUUAUAUUUACAUCAAGUGAUGUUGUUGAUGACGAAGUGAUUGAUAGUUUGGUUUAUAGCUCAUCUGUUCUUGACAAAUUGAAAUAUCAGACACUCAAAUACUUUUUAUCUAAAGGUAAAUUCAGUAAGUUGAAGAAUUCCCCCUUAAGAUUAUUAUAUCUUAGUAAAUCCAUUAACAAAGACAAUCAGCUUUCAACCAGUAGCUUGAAUAGAUUGAGAUCAAUACUCAACGCCAGAGUAAUUGUGGAGAACACUGUCAAGUCGAUCGUAGGACCAGUGAUACUUUCUGAUUUCUAUGAUUAUAGAAUUCUUUCAAGUAAAUUGGAAGCCAAUUUAACUGGUAAUGGAUGUAUAUGUCAAAGUAAUGAAGUUAAACUAGCCAAUUUAUCAACAACGAAUUAUGGUGAUAUUAUGAUUCGUGGUUAUAAUGUAGGCAAGGUAAAUAACUAUCUUAUUGGUAAAGGAUCAAUCGAAACUAAGGCCAAUAAAGAUGAUGAAGGAUUCCUCACAUUGACUAAUGUUAAAGGGAAAUGGGGAUCAGAUGGAUGUUUAUAUGUAUGUAAAUAA